GGUGCGGCCGGAAGGGAAGCGGAACGCUGGGAGCCGGGGGCGGUCCCCGCGCCGGAAUCAAAAGCGCGCGCACAGCGGCGCUCCGCGGGACCCUCACGCCUCGGCUCCCCGCCCCCCACGCAGGGGUCCCCGCGACAUGGCUUUCAACUUCGGGGCGCCGUCGGGCACGUCGGGCACCGCUGCAGCCACGGCGGCCCCCGCGGGAUUUGGUGGGCUGGAGACUGCCAACUCCACCGCCAGCGGGUUUAAUUUUGGGGGCUUCGGCCUCACGGCCAACCCCGCGGUGAACUUUAACCUGGGCGGUUUCGGUGUUUCCACCACCUCGGCGACGCCGUUCAAUUUUGGUAACAGUCUGGCGAGUGCAGGUGGGUUUGGAGGAUUUGGGACAACAACAACAGCAACAGGUUCUGCAUUCAGUUUCACUGCUCCAACUAACACAGGGAGCACUGGAUUGUUCGGUGGUACUCAAAACAAAGGUUUUGGAUUUGGUACUGGCUUUGGCUCAACAACAGGAACUAGUACUGGUUUAGGUACUGGCUUGGGAACUGCACUGGGAUUUGGAGGAUUAAAUACACAGCCGCAACAGCAGCAAACCACAUUAGGUGGUCUCUUCAGCCAGCCAGCACAAGCGCCUACACAGUCCAACCAGCUGAUUAACACUGCAAGUGCUCUUUCUGCCCCAACGAUAUUGGGAGAUGAGAGAGAUGCUAUUUUGGCAAAAUGGAAUCAACUACAGGCCUUUUGGGGAACAGGAAAAGGAUUUUUCAACUAUAGCAUUCCACCGGUGGAAUUCACACAAGAAAAUCCCUUUUGCCGAUUUAAGGCAGUAGGUUAUAGUUGUAUGCCCAAUAAUAAAGAUGAAGAUGGGCUUGUGGUUCUAGUUUUCAACAAAAAGGAAACAGAUAUUCGAAGCCAGCAACAGCAUUUGGUAGAAUCAUUGCAUAAAAUAUUGGGAGCAAAUCAAACCCUCACUGUAAAUGUAGAGGGCAUUAAAACGUUGCCAGAUGACCAGACAGAAGUUGUCAUUUAUGUUGUUGAGCGGUCUCCAAAUGGUACAUCAAGAAGAGUUCCUGCAACGACGUUAUAUGCGCAUUUUGAACAAGCCAAUAUCAAAACACAAUUGCAGCACCUUGGCGUAACCCUUUCUAUGACUAGAACAGAACUGUCUCCUACACAGAUUAAACAGCUUCUACAGAAUCCUCCUGCUGGUGUUGAUCCUAUUAUCUGGGAACAAGCUAAGGUGGAUAACCCUGAUUCUGAAAAGUUAAUUCCUGUGCCAAUGGUGGGUUUCAAAGAACUGCUCCGAAGACUGAAGGUUCAAGAUCAGAUGACUAAGCAGCAUCAGACCAGAUUGGAUAUUAUAUCUGAAGAUAUUAGUGAAUUACAGAAGAAUCAAACUACAACCAUGGCCAAAAUUGCACAAUACAAGCGGAAACUCAUGGAUCUUUCCCAUAGAACUUUACAGGUUCUGAUCAAACAAGAAAUUCAGAGAAAGAGUGGAUAUGCCAUCCAAGCUGAUGAAGAACAGUUGCGAGUUCAGUUAGAUACAAUUCAGUGUGAACUAAAUGCCCCUACUCAGUUUAAGGGCCGACUAAAUGAACUGAUGUCCCAAAUUAGGAUGCAGAAUCACUUUGGAGCAGUUAAAUCUGAAGAAAAAUAUUACAUAGAUUCAGAUCUGUUAAGAGAAAUUAAGCAGCAUUUGAAACAACAACAGGAAGGCCUUAGCCACUUGAUUAGCAUCAUAAAAGAUGAUUUGGAAGACAUAAAGUUGGUUGAACAUGGAUUGAAUGAGACUAUCCACAGCAGAGGUGGUCUCUUUAGUUGACAGUUAACUGUCAAGGGUUAGUUUGUGAGAUGUAUCGUCAUCAGGCCUUCUUGAAGAAUGAAACUGAAGAUGAAGAAUGAAACAUGGAGGAGAAAGAAUCCUCCUAGUUUGGGUUUUGGAAUGGUACUGACUAGUUGUUCUUCAAAUCUGAAAUGAUGUAAGUCACUUUGCAGCUCUUCAAAAAUAGCCUUUGAAAGAUACCUGAAGUUCUUUUUUAAGGAGAAGUACAUAAUUACCAAAAAUUCGUACUAUUGGCAUAUUAUUGUACAUUUCCACAAUAGCACUGUUAACAGUAAUCAGUGCUUAAUUGAGCCUGUGCUCUGUUUUCCACAAGUAUUUAUGUCUGCUUUGCACAUAAUGAAAUAAACUGAUUACUUGGCUAUUAGAGAAAUUUGUACUUCAAAAUGUAAAUGAUACAUCAGUUUGUAUUAUUUGUGAAUUACUUUGCAGGAGUAAAGAAAAUCCAAGUGUAUUUAAUGAUUAAUGUGGUUUUCUUUUCAUUAUACAAAGACUUGAAAAUAUAUUUUUAUAUUGUUUUACUUAUUUGGAAUUUACAGAACAUAAGCCAAUUGGGCAUAACAAAAUCACACUUUAUCAUUCUCGCAACUUUUUUAAAAACCUUUUUAUUUUAAGGAGAUGAAAAUUUAUAAAUAAAUUCCUGAUUAUAAGUACUUUCA